AUGGCCCGGCCCGUGCAACUGGCGCCGGGUUCCUUGGCGCUGGUGCUGUGCAGGCUGGAGGCGCAGGAGGAGGCGGAGGGUGCGGAGGAGCCUGGCGGGCGCGCUGUGUUCCGCGCCUUCCGAAGAGCCAACGCGCGCUGCUUCUGGAACUCGCGGCUGGCGCGCGCCGCCUCGCGGCUGGCCUUCCAGGGCUGGCUGCGGCGCGGGGUGCUGCUGGUGCACGCGCCUCCCGCCAGCCUGCAGGUGCUGCGCGACGCCUGGUGUCGCCGGGCCCUGCGCCCGCCGCGGGGCUUUCGCAUCCUGGCGGUGGGUGAUGUCUUUCCAGUGCAAAUGAAUCCAAUAGCUCAAUCUCAGUUUAUACCUCUGGCUGAAGUUCUCUGCUGUGCUAUAUCUGAUAUGAAUGCUGAUCAGAUUGUAGUAACACAAGAAUCACUGUUGGAACAUUUGAUGAAACGUUACCCAGGCAUUGCAAUUCCAUCUCGAGAUAUUCUUUAUACCACCCUGGGAACUCUCAUUAAAGAAAGGAAGAUUUAUCAUACUGGAGAAGGAUACUUCAUCGUUACUCCUCAGACUUACUUCAUCACAAAUACAACCCCCCAAGAAAAUAAGAGAGUUCUGUCAGAUGAAAAUUCCCAGAUGCCAACUUCCAUUACGUAUCUGGUGAACGUGGAGAGCUGUGCAGAGUUAGCCAAAGAAAAUGCAGCCCUCAUUUCGCAUUGUCAUUCUUGCCGGUGUUUCCGUGAUGUGUGCACUCAGGAUGUACAGGAACCACCAGCUGCUGUAGAAGUGACUAGCAAAGGGCAGAAAGGUCUUGUGGAAUCCAAAUCUUUGGUACACAAUCAAGCAGUUUCAGUGUCUGAGGAGAAUCAUGUCUGUGAGAGUAUCAAACCUUUACCACACACAAAAGAUAGAGAAAAAGUCAAGAAGUUUGGCUUUAACCUCUUCUGGCGCAAUAUAUCCAGAAAGGAGAAGUCCAGAAUAAAGCUCAGCAGUUUCUCUGCCCAGUUCCCACCAGAAGAAUGGCCCGUCCGAGAUGAAGACAACAUGGACAAUAUCCCUCGAGACAUUGAACAUGAGAUAAUCAAACGAAUUAAUCCCAUUCUGACUGUUGACAACUUAAUCAAACAUACUGUCCUGAUGCAAAAGUAUGAAGAACAAAAAAAAUAUAAUAGCCAGGGUACAUCCACUGAUAUGCUGACACUCAGAUAUAAGUAUUCUUCAAAAGUGGGAGUUAAGAAAAGACAAGGCUGGUCUGUAAAGCCUCGAAGGCAGGGUCAUUUGCAUAGGGACAGACACAAAGCCAGGGGUCAGGGAAGUGGGGCUCAGCCGGGAAAUGUUAGACUGGAGAAACACCCCAAGCUCCCUGCUACACAGCCUACCUCCACAAAUGAAGCAGUACUUCAGAACCCACUUGGUGAGAAUCCAUCAGGACUAGGUCCCCAUUUGAUUUACAAAAAGCAAAUCAGUAAUCCUUUCCAGGGUUUGGCUCCCCGAGGGAGCCCAAUAACCAAAGGGCACAAAAUCCAGAAGACCAGUGAUUUGGAACCCAAUCAGACUGGACCAAAGGGAAAGCCUGUCGAAAGGUCAAGGUCUUUGGUUUCCUCAAGAAUCUUUGAGAGUGAGGCCAAACGGCUAUAUGGUGAACAAUGUAAUGAUAUACUGAGAGAAGAAUCCACUUAUGUGAAUCACUCUACUGUCAAAUCUAUCAGCGAUGAUUUUAGAGACCACCUCUUAAAUUACUCUCAAUGUAAUGGUUUGCAAAAUGGUAGUAAAUGCUGUUCCUUCCGGGAGAGCAUGUUGAGAUGCGACGUGUAUGGUGGAGAAAAUGAGGCAGUCCCUGAAGUCCCAAGGAAGAGUUAUUCUCAUUUUGACAAAUUAGAAGAGACAGAAGAGACACAGCAUGUCCUGCCAUCUGGAGGGUCCUCUGCUUUAGACCAGGCAUCCUCUGCUUGUAGAUUAGUUGACAAUACAAUACACCAGUUCCAAAAUCUCGGUCUUUUGGAUUACCCAACGGGUGCGAAACAUUUGAGACAAACUGAGAGACAAGACCGAGACUCUAAAGAAACUCUGAUGGGAAAGGCACGUGUCCAAGAAGCACAGACUGUGUGUCUAGAAAAUGAAGGGCUUUCUGAUGAUGGCCAGGCCUUGUAUCAGAAUGAAGUGGAAGAUGAAGAUGGGGCCUGCAGUUCACUCUAUCUGGACGAGGAUGACUUUUCUGAGAAUGACGACUUAAUUCAAAUGCUGCCUGACAACAUUCAGUUUUCCUUUCCAGAGGGAAACAAGUGGAAUCAUUUAGGAAAGCAGAAGGUGACAGAAAGGCCUCUGACUGAGUACGACAGCAACAUACAGAGGUUUGAGCCUCAGGUGCUUAAAGGAAAUGAACAAUACAAGCUCACUAACCCUGGUGAAAGCCAAAAUCCCAACCUUUCUGCUGAAAACUGUAUCCUCAAUUUAGGAAUAGAGUGUGGUUUUAACUAUGAGGAGGAACCCAGUGUAGCUGAACAUGUACAGACCUCAGCCCCUGAUGAUGGAAGUGUGUUUGAUUACUGCAGCGCAGAGAGAGCCGCUGCUGAGGCCGAAGCCCUACAAGGCUCUGUUGGUGAUUCAGGAAAGAAACCAGGUAGCCGGAGUCAGAGUGCUCAGAGUCAGGAAAUGAGAAAACAGUUCACACACAAGUUGGAGCUCUUCAACACUUCGCAUAUGCCAGCGUUGGCUCAGGAUGUCCAACCUGAACGCAGUCACUUGGAAGGAGCAGAAACCCAGAGCCUGACAGGGGAUAGUGGGAUAGAUUCUCCACGGACACAGAGUCUGGCAUCUAAUAAUUCAGUCAUUUUGGAUGGACUAAAAAGAAGACAAAAUUUACUGCAUAACUUUGAAGGCACAAAGAGCAGUCAAACACUUACAUCCAGCUCCUUACUACAACUCACUCCAGUGAUAAAUGUUUAA